AUGAUGUCUAGUCGUCUAGUUAAGAGUCAAUUGAGUCGGUCCUUUGAGAUAUGUCACUUACAAAACAGAGCCCGCCUAUUUUGGUCGGCUUCACCGCUGUACAAGGCAGACAAGGCAACCGAGCUUGAAUCCCCAGAAGCAGUGGCCAAGCAGUCUCAUAUGAGGUCCGAACCGUUGGAUUUCAGUAAUAAUGCAUCUGUUAAGGCACCAAAGACCAAAAUCGUGGCGGAAUCAAAAUACGAAUCCAGAAAUUACGAACUGCCCAAGUGGAAAGAAGCACUCGGUGAACUAUUUAUCAAGACUUUUAGAUUGGAUAUGGACAAAGUAAGAGCAGGGCCUGUAGCAGGCUUUUACUAUUACACGCUUUGUAAAGAACAGGCGUUGCAGUAUGAAGGCGAAAAGCUUUCUGACACGGCGAAAUUCUUCUACGAGGAUUUAAAGCUUCCUCGAACCUUUUCGCAAUGGUUCCAAAUUACUCUUCUUCAUGAAUGGAUUCUGUUUGUUCGUAUGCGUGCAAUGCCCUUCAAAUAUGGCCGCAACUACCAACAGAAGUUGGUCGACAGGACCUUUGCUGAUAUCGAAAUGAGACUGUUUGAGGAAAUGAAUGUUAACUCAGGUAGGAUAGCGGACCAGUAUUUGAAGGACUUCAAUACUCAGAUGCGUGGUGCCGUGUUCGCUUAUGAUGAGGGCUUCUAUACAGACGAUGCUACUCUUGCGGCCGCUGUGUGGAGAAACCUUUUCAGCGGCAGGAAGAACAUCGAUAUGGUUCAUUUGGAAGCUGUUGUAAGGUACAUUCGUUCCCAACUGUACGUCCUGAGCAGACUAUCUGAUAGAGACUUUGCAAUGGGUAAUUUCAAAUUUGUGCCACCCAAUGAGUCGGUGACAGUAUUAACUCCAGAGCAGGAAGCUGAGUUGAAGAGAAAGGUGGCAGAAAAGUAUGAGGCCAUGGACAAGGAUUCAAACACUUUGCCAAGUAAUAGAAGUAAACUCUCGUACACGAACUAA